AUGCUCGAAGAUCGCUUUAAAGAGCAGAUCCCAGCGAUUAAUCACAAACUAUCUCACCUCCAACAGAUAGUCGAUUCCACGAAGUCGGGUCUAGCAAAUGUCGAACGCAUCAACCUUGGCUUAGUGAAGCAGCAAGACCCUAAACUUGUCGCAAUGCAAUCGAAGGCACAAGAGAAACUACUCAAGGAUGAGGAGGAGCUAGAGCUGCUCGAAAAGGAAAAAGCAGAGCUAGAGCGCAAGGUUCACGACGCGAAAGAGGCAUGGUUCGAGUUCGCGUGGAAUGUGUGUGUUCACCACCAUAUUGCUUUCAUCAAAGCAGGAUUCAAAGGAGAAGGUGGGGACAGCGAAGAUGGAGAAAGAUCGAGCGCUGAGUCUGAACCAGGUGAAGAAGCCAGUGGCGCAAAAGAGUCGGAAAGGAAAUCUAGUCCUACGGCAGCGAAAGAGGCACAGCAGCCCGUGGCUGGAAACGAGAUGGCUAUGGUGCUGUACACCGGUAACAAUGCAAAGCAGGAUACCACGAUCCGGAAUGCGGAUGUUCCCCAAAGCAAGCCCCCUGAUCUCACCAUGACUCGAUUCACAGCAGAGGAUGAGAUCAGACUCAAACUCCGCACAGCAAAGAAAGCUUUUAACAAAGCUGACGACGCACACGACAACCACCGAAAAUGCUACGAACUCUCAUUCCUUAGAUACUGCGCACAGUACCCGACCAAACCCGAGGCCGAACUUGCCGCUCAGUUUCCCCUCUACUUCAUCAGAAAGGGACAGGAACUCAUAAACGCGUUACGUGUUGCGGAGAAAGCAUACCAUGAGGCAGAGAAUCGCGCUUUGGAUGCGAAUGUUUUCACCAUUCCAGACGAACGUAUCGAAGCAAAUGUUAACCCGUAUCUGGAUCUUGAUGAUCUGGACGCGAAGUUGAUGCCGUGGACUGAUAAGGACCGGGCACGCAUUUACAAUUGGCGGCAUGUCGAGGCGGGUGUUCUCACGCCGCCGUCUAUUCAUACGAUAGAUACGUUCUAUGAUGCGAGUUGCAGUGAAGAUGACGACAACACCGAGAGUGUUGUAAGCGCGCAAGACAUUGAGGUUCAAAGAAUAGAAGCCGCUCAACCGUCAGCACCAUCCGCGAACAACAAUGUCGACACCAUCGCAACAACACCGGCGCAAAAUGAAGCCGGGCCUCGUUCGGAGGAGCAUGAUAUCCCAGAGGGAGUGGUCCUAUUGACCAAGCCCGUUGCAAGUCAGAACUCCUACUCGUCUACUGAAUUAGCGUCGACAAUAGAUGGCGCAGCUUCCUCUGAGGUGGUGGAAAAGCUCAUGCCUCUGUCCGAUUUCCAGAUACCCGAUUCCGUUGAGGGCCUGCAAGCGGCUCUUAGCAACGUCGAUGAAGACAUACACAGUACUGAAGACAAGGAACGCGAACAAGCCCGCAUAGCAGAUGAUGAUUUACGGUUGCUGGGCGCGAAACGUCUUGCCAUACGCAUGCUCUUGUUGUCGAAGAGAGACCAGCAGUGUCGAGAGGCUAUACAGGAAAUACCAAACGCGGUUCUGGAGAAACUGCCACGCGAGCUCCGAGAUAUGAUCUACACUGAGCUAUACCGCGGAAGUCAGGCCGAGCAGGACGAGCAGGACGAGCCGUACGAGAUUGUCGACAACAGCUCUGAACACCCACACGACCCCCUGUAUGAGUUUGCGCCUAUGGUCAAAGCGUAUGAGCCGCCAUAUUGGAUGCUGGAACGUGAAGUCGGCCCUGAGUUUGCGCGCGAAGCUGUGGAGAUUUGGUACAAGCUCGCCUAUCUCGCGGUCGAUAUAAAGUUGCUACAACCACUCUUGCAAGACGAUGAUGGUGUCUUGUACGACAUCUGGUCGCCUUCGGUCCGGACAUGCGAUUUCAUUAGGAAGCUGGACGUCGACAUCGGCCCCGCGUUGUUACCGUUGCACACAGGGCGUAGUAGACCAUCGGGUCGAGCAGUACACAUCCGACAAGUCUGUCGAUCACUCUCUACCUUGUUGGAAGACCCGAGUGUUGCACGGAAGGAGGGGUUCAAACUGCACAUUGCCUUUCAAUGGGACAUUUCUGACGAUUGGUCCGAUUACCUCAAGGCAAUUUGCCCAGUGGUCUACCGUUUGAAGGCCCAAGGCUUCUUAGUGUCAGGUAGCCAAGAUUAUGGAGAACGCAUCCGACACAAGUGCUUCCAAGCUGGCUGUCCGUGCGAGUUCUUUCGAUUUGGAGACACUGAUUGGGAAAGUAGCCAUAUCGAUGAUUGGUUCGACUGCUCGGAGGAGGAGUGUAUGAAGAGGAUAGAAGAGGAGAGAGAAAGACACUGGGAUGAAAAAAGUCAGUGA